AUGGCCAGCCCUAAGACAGUGAGUGAAGUCAGAAGCUUCCAUGGCCUAGCUGGGUUCUAUAGGCGGUUUGUCCGUGAUUUUAGUACCUUGGCCGCACCUCUGACUGAAGUCAUCAAGAAAGAAGUUGGAUUCAAGUGGGAGAAAGCACAGGAGGAUGCUUUCCAAGCUCUCAAGGAUCGCUUGACUAAUGCCCCUGUUCUUAUUUUACCUGACUUCUUGAAAACUUUUGAGAUUGAAUGUGAUGCUUCAGGUAUUGGCAUUGGAGCUGUCUUGAUGCAGGACAAGAAGCCAAUUGCUUUCUUUAGUGAAAAGCUUGGAGGAGCCACUCUCAACUAUCCAACCUAUGACAAGGAACUCUAUGCCUUGGUCCGCGCCUGCAAACUUGGCAACACUUACCUCUGGCCAAAGGAGUUUGUCAUCCACACAGACCAUGAAUCUCUCAAACAUCUCAAGGGCCAACAAAAGCUCAACAAAAGGCAUGCCAGGUGGGUUGAAUUCAUUGAGACAUUCCCAUAUGUCAUCAAGUACAAAAAAGGUAAGGACAAUGUUGUAGCCGACGCAUUGUCCAGGAGGUACACUCUUCUCUCAACUCUUGAUGCUAAACUCUUGGGCUUUGAACAGAUAAAAGACUUGUAUGAUUCUGAUUCUGAUUUUGCUGAGAUUUACAAGUCUUGUUCUAAAUUUGCUUUUGGCCGAUAUUUAGACAAGAUGGGUUUCUCUUCUAUGAGAACCGUCCUUUGUGUGCCUAAUUGUUCUUUGAGGGAUUGUUUGUCAGGGAAGGCACAUGGAGGAGGCUUGAUGG